AUGCUGACUUUCGGCUUAUUGCUUCUUUCUGGGGCUUCGAGCCUUGUGUAUGCUCAAUUUCUUCAUCCAGAAGGUAUAACCAUCGUAAAAGGCGCCGAGCCUGGAGUUUCGAUAUCCUACAAAGAGACCGGCAUUUGCGAGACGACACCAGGAGUCAAGAACUAUGCCGGUUACGUGCAUCUUCCAGCGGGCAUCUCUUAUGACAGAGGAGAGCCGACCGACUACCCGAUAAACACGUUCUUCUGGUUCUUUGAAAGUCGAACAGAUCCCGCCAAUGCUCCGACAAGCGUCUGGUUGAAUGGCGGUCCAGGAAGCUCUUCAAUGCUGGGACUUCUGGCAGAGAAUGGACCGUGUCAGGUUAAUUCGGACUCCAAUUCAACCAGGCUUAACGAAUGGUCCUGGAAUAAUGAGGCCAACGUCAUGUGGAUCGAUCAGCCGGUUCAAGUUGGAUUUUCCUACGACGUUCUCACGAACAUCACCAAGAACCUCUUGAAUGGACAUGUCACUGUGCUCAACGCUACAGAUCCUAUUCCAGAGCAGAACUCAACCUUCCUAGUUGGUACUUAUGGGUCACAGGACGUCAAUCAUACUUCGCACGGCUCAGUCAACGGUGCUGCCGCCCUAUGGCACUUUGCACAGUCAUGGUUCCAGGAGUUCCCAGAAUACAAGCCCAAUAACAACCGCAUCAGUCUCACGACCGAGUCGUACGGUGGCAGAUAUGGACCUGCCAUAUUCGUGUACUUUCAGGAACAGAACGAACUCAUCCAGAAUGGAACACUUUCUGACCAGGACUACUCGGUCAUUGAGUUGGACACCUUGAUGUUCGUCAACUCUUGCAUCGAUCGUCUGGUACAAUGGCCAUCUUACGUUCAAAUCGUGCGCAACAACACCUACGGUCUCGAGCUUGUCAAUGCUACCGUCCAGGAGCAAAUGCGUGAUGCGCUCUACCGCAAAGGCGGAUGCCAAGAUCAGAUCUACGCUUGUCGUAACGCUUCUAUCGCUUUCGAUCCCGAGAACACUGGAAUCAACAGCACAGUCAACCAAUUAUGCCGCAAGGCCGAGUCUUUCUGUAGUCAGAACAUUAAAGAUCCUUAUCAAGACUACUCUGGCCGGAACUAUUACGACUAUGGUUCCAUCGACCCAUACAACUUCCCCUAUCCCUUCUACCAGGGGUACUUACAGCAGCCACAUGUUCAAGCCGCUCUCGGGGUACCUCUCAAUUUUUCGCAAUCCUCUGCUGCAUCAGGCUCAGCAGUCAGAAGUAUAGGGGACUACGUACGUCCGGGCUGGUUGGAGGACUUGGCCUACCUGCUCGAAAAUGGCGUCAAGGUUGCGUUGAUGUAUGGUGACAGAGACUUUGCUUGCAACUGGAUUGGAGGUGAGGCUAUUUCCCUCGCAGUCAACUACACCGAAGCAUCCAAGUUUCAUGCCGCGGGAUACACUGCGAUUCAGACCAACGACAGCUUCUCUGGAGGCCAGGUCAGACAGUAUGGCAACCUCAGUUUCAGCAGAGUCUACCAAUCGGGUCACGAGGUGCCAGCCUAUUCUCCCGAAACUUCAUACCGCAUCUUCAUGAGGACAUUGAGCAAUGUGGACACUGCAACAGGCAAAAUUCCAGUCACCAGUGAAGAUGGCUCUGUUUACAGUUCAGAAGGCCCUGCAGAUACUUGGGCUAUUGAGAAUGAUCCUCCGGAACAGAGACUCCAGUGGUGCUAUCUUUUCGAUCUGGAUACCUGCACCGAAGAGCAGAUUGCGAGAAUUGAGAAUGGGACUGCGGUUUUGCAGAAUUAUAUCUAUGUUGAUGCCAAUAGCACGAAGUUGUUUCCGGAGACUCUUGGAGGUAAUGGCACWCCAGGGGAUGUGUAG